UUUUAUUACUACUCUUAUUAUUUAGCGUAAAAAGUAGAAUUAAAUUUAAUAAUUAAUAUAAAUAUUUUUAGUUUAGAAUUAAAUACAAUUAUUAACAAGGAUAGGAAUGAAUUAAUAUAAAACAUUUCUCUUAAUAAUUUUAAUCAUAAUUCAUAUAUCACCUACUUAUCCGUUUAUUUAAUAAAGUUAUAUCAAAUAUUAAUAUUUUAUAUAUAUUAUUUUAUCUUUGCAUGCUUUUCUUUAUUUACUAUAAAUAUUACCAUGUCCAAUAUAUUACAAUUAACACUUUAUUCAUAUAUAUUUUGCUUUUUCAUUCCUACAUGAAGAUUUAAAAAAUCAAAAACAAGAUUUUUUUGAGAACACUAUUUCUUUAUCAAAAAAUAUUGUAAGUGCUAUAUUAUAAUAUCACCAUAUCUUAAACAAAAAAUGAGUAUUAAUGUUUUCAUAGCGUCAUUCACAAAUUGUGAUGAUGAUACAAUGAUAACAGGGGGAGCUAUUAAGGAAACUAUCAUGAACUCCCCUAUUCAUAUCCUAGAGGGAAACAAUCUAACAAUUAGGAAUAUAAAAAACAUCAUUACAGGCAGAGAGGGUAUCCCUAUCACUAUACACUAUGGAUAUUCUGGCAACAACACCAUUCAGAAAUGUUAUGGAUUACCCAUGAAUAAUAUCUAUAUCAUAGCUAAAAGAAUGUUUAUGUCACAAUUUUUUUUCUUGCAUCUAUACAAAGAGCAAGAAGGAAUAAGGACAAAAAUUCUUCUAGCUAGAUUACGUGGACCAAUUUACAGUGAAAAUUGUGAACUCACAAUUGAGGAGUCACAUUCGUUAAUAUGCAAACGCCCACAUCCAAAAAAUAAUUAUGCUGAAUACAACGUACAAAUGACCGACUGCUUGUUACUAUACAUUGCAAUGUCAAUGGGUCGUGUCCAUUUGUUAAAUUUUCUUAAAUCACAAUUUAGCAAAUAAAAAGAUAUGGUGAUUUUAUUUUUAAUUCUUAUUUUAAUUAUUAAAUAUAUUUUAUCAUUACUAAUUACUAACCAAUUCAAAUGCAAAUUAUUAUAAUUUACUUAUUAGAUUUAAUUAUGCAUGAUAUAUAAAACUUAAAAAAAAAAAAAAAACAAAAAAAAAGCAAAUUACUAUUUCAUUUCAAAAUGCAUGCUAUUAUUAUCAUUAAAUUUUUAUUAUUAUUUUAUACAUUAGACAAUAUAAUACUAACCCUAAUUUUAUUGCAUGCUUAACCUUAACACUAAUCAUUACAGGAUGUAAUUCAUCAACAUGCAAAAUUCACAUUGGAUAAUGUCGUCAGAUGUACCAACAUUUGUUUACAAUGACUCAACCAUCAAUAAAUUCAUGGAGCUCAUAGUCAAAAGAUCUCAAUCACAAAUAUAUGCAUUUGACACUCUUCUCCUUCUAGAAAUUAAAAGAAAUGGGUUUGAAGCAGUCCAUCGACGAAUAAGAACCAAUCUAUUUGAGAAAACACUUCUUCUCGCCCCGUUUCAUGACAACAAUCAUUAUUGGAAUUUAGCAAUUAGUCAUGUUUAUAAUAAAGAGAUAAUACUACAUAAUUGCACAAACUACAUCAUCACUGACAUGAUAGAGAAAUUACGUCAAUUUAUCAUAUCAUGUGAACUCAAGCAAUAUGGUUUAAAUUCUCAUUGGCAAAUUUAUAAGGGUGAAACAACAAUAUUAGAUGAUAAUCAUAACUCUGGUCCAUGGAUUCUGGAGAUCGCUGAGAUAAUCUCUAGAAAUGAUAAUCCACUGAUCAAUCUUUCUCUUAUGAAAGAUUAUAUUAAAAAACAUAAACAAAUACUAGAAGAAAACAUCCUACACCUUUAUCAUGAUCCAGUACAGUUCUCCAAUCCACCACCUCUAAGACCACCAACGCCAACCGGUAUCAAAGUAAUACAAAUAGAUCACUCAAAGAAGAAGACACUAAAAAACAAACACAAUAAAUAUUUGAAGAAUUUAAGAAAGAAAACCAGAUAUAGAAAAUACUAUAAAUACAUUAAUAUGAAAAGAGAAUUACUAUAUAAACCUAUUAUGUUAAAAACACUAAAACCUAGGAAAACAUCUUAUUCAACAUCUCAAGAGAGAAAAAACGAGAUGAAAUCCAGUCAAUGAAUGUGGUCCAGGAAAGUAGUACAAUAGUAAUAACCACNGGAAAG